CUGUCCCACAGGCACAUUCAAGGAAACUACAAACCGACAUUUUUUUCUUGAUGGGCACGGCAUUCUUUUCUUUUUCCCGGAUAAGUAUCCGCCUCGUAGUGGACGCAUAGCGUAUCAUGAGGAAAAAUGCCCCCUCCCCAUAUCGAAACGAAGUUUCUGAUGCUGGAUUUCCAUACACAAAUCAGAUUUGUCUUGCAGUAGAGGAGUGCACGCAUGUGGCAAGCCUCAGCCGAGAGGUUUGACGUAGGCGCCUAGCAUGACAAACGUGUAUGCUCUGAGCCAAACAGCAUCACAAACCGCCUGAAAAAUGCGGAACGCUUUCUGGACUUGCCCUCUUGCAAGACAGGCAGGAUUUGAGGUCACAAAUGCGCAUCACAAAUUUUCAGACGGAUACGUUUUCGAUAUGGGGAGGGGGGAUUUUUCUUUUUGAUAUAGCGGAAGACAGUGCGCGCAGAUGAAAACGUUGUGGAUUUUUCCAUUCGGCGUACGCGAGUUAUCAAAUGCAAAAAUGUCUGGGUCUGGAAGAAUACAAACUUGUGAUGCGCAUUUCAGAACACAGAAAAAUCUCUCAUGCAUAGGUAGCAAAAGCUGCCCACUUUCUGUCACCAAAAUGGGGGAUUUGUAAUGCGGAUUCGGCAUUGCGGAAGCUUCUCGAGACCUGUGAUGCUAGAGCUUCCAUGCCAGGCCUUAUGUGUCAUGCAAAAACAGCAUGACUCUUCCAGACCCAGACACUUUUACAUUUGAUACGAGUUGUUCGGGUGCAGUUUUGCGAGCUGUGAAAGCAGCGCGGACUCCUUUUGCACGAUGUUGUAUUUCGGCUCGUUCUGCAAACCGACAUUUUUUUCUUGAUGGGCACGGCAUUCUUUUAUUUUUCCCGCAAGUUGUACGACUGACUGACAUCAACGCUUUUUUCCACCAUCCGCACCAUUUUCUAUCUAUAUCUAUAGGAUUCUACAACUUUUCUUCUGUUUGCACGAGCUCGCUAAUGGUGCUAAGAUUUCGUUUUAUUUUUAGAUCGAUGAAUUUGACAAGGCUGUUUGCAUCUGCAACGUUUUCCUUGACAUUCAAAAUUUUCCACACUACCUAGCGAGAAACAGAAGAAAACUUUUAGAUAUACGUGUCUCUUCUUGAAAAUUGCAAUACAACGUCUACUAGUUCCAGCAGAUAACAGCAAGUAGCUCGUCCAGCAUCAGCAACAAGGACGAAGAACACAGUAAACAAAAACACCGAACCGCCUUACAGUACAAGAAGGUGGUACAACAUCAACACCCCUUCAGAAAUCGACUGAAUAUCAACCAGCAUCCAGUUUUGGUCUGUAGCAAUUUUUGAUAACAAAUCAACAAAACAUAAAAACAAUAUACAACGCUAACGCACGGAUGAAAAACUUAAACUUUAAAUGAAAAAAUAUACAAAUGACUAAACAAGCUUUUCCGCAACAGCCGCCAGUCCCCGUGACCAUGACGUCUUCCUCCAAACCCGGCGCUUCGCACACGCCGCCCGGCGCUACUCCCCCCACAAGAACGUGCAAGCUCUCGCACAAACUCCACCGCAACGUGACCAUUCCGACCGUGUCCUCCGGAAAACCGGGAGCCUGCCCAAACUGCGUCC